AUGGUUUUACUAAAGCCGGAUUGUGAUGGAAAUAAAAAUCUGUUCUCAUCUAAUGAUAAUGGCGGUGAUUAUGGCGAUGGUGAUGACAGUGAUAAUGGCAGUGAUUAUGGCGAUGGUGAUGACGGUGAUAAUGGCGAUGUUGAUGACGGUGAUAAUGGCGGUGAUUAUGGCGAUGGUGAUGAUCAUGAACCACUUUCCGUCGAAUCGUUAUGCGUCAACUGUAAGGAAAACGGCAUAACUCGCAUAUUAUUUAUGCGUAUUCCGUUUUAUCAGCAGGUGAUCUUGUUAUCAUUUCACUGUGAUCGUUGUGGUUAUAGUAAUAAUGAACUACAAAGUGGUGAACCUGUCCAGGAACAUGGUGUCGAAAUCGUAUUGAAUGUAAGCGAUCGCACUGAUUUAAACAGGCAAGUGGUUAUAUCGCAAUAUGCCGAGAUAGAGAUACCGGAGCUCGAACUUGUUAUUCCCGCUAAAUCGCAACCUGGAGAAAUAACAACAGUUGAGGGAAUAUUGUGCAGAGUUCGAAUGGGAUUAGAACAGGACCAAGAACAGCGUCGCGAGAUUGAUAUGAAUAUGGCUAAUAAGAUCAACGAUUUUUUGAAAAGAAUAGAAGCCCUUAUCGAAUUGAGGAGCAGUUUUACCGUUAAAAUCCGAGAUGCAUCUGGUAACAGUUUCAUUCAAAAUCCAGUUCCUCUUCAAGUCGAUCGUAAAUGUAUUAUGACUCGUUACCAGCGUACCAUGGAUGAGAAAAAAAUUGUUGGUCUCAUCUCUGAUGAUUGCAUGGAAGAAAAUAUUGCGCCAAAAUGGCGAACAUAUGACGACAUUAAAAGUGAAGUAUUAAAAUUCCCAACAGAAUGUACCAAUUGUAAUGCCCCUACGGAGACACGCAUGAAGCUAACAGAUAUUCCUUAUUUUGAAAGUGUCAUUAUUAUGUGUACCACAUGUGAUGUUUGUGGCCAUAAAACAAAUGAAGUUAAAAGUGGUUGUGCAGUAAAAGAUAAAGGAUGUAAACUUAUUCUGCGAAUUGAAGAGAAAGUUGAUCUCGAUCGUGAUGUUCUGAAAUCGGAUACUUGUUAUUUAGCUGUACCAGAGUUGGAGCUCGAAGUAGGGCCAAAUACAAUCUCUGGGAAAUUUACUACAGUUGAAGGCUUGCUUUUGGAUAUAAGAAAGCAACUUAAGGAACAGGAAUCUUUCAUUAUUGGCGAUAGCAGAGACAUUGAUGAUAAAUCAAAUAUGGCCAAUUUUUUAACUAAGUUUGAUUCAAUUCUGACUUUAGAAAAAAGAGUUCAUCUUAUUUUGGACGAUCCAGCGGGCAAUAGCUACAUUCAGAGUUUGAAUGCGCUGUUAGACGACAGGUUGGGUAAAGAAUUCUACGAAAGAUCAUUUGAACAAAAUGAAGAACUCGGUCUUAAUGAUAUGAAGACCGAAAAUUAUGGCCAAAUGGAAAUUAUAAGCGAGGAAAAAAAUAUUUAA